AUGGCGACUUCUCUCCAAUCUCUAAACCCUACAUUGUUCAAAUCAUUACCUUCCUCAAACAAAAACUCUUCCUUUCUCUCCCAAUCUCCUUUCCUUCGACUCAACUCCGCCUCCUCUGCUCUCAACCUCAAACCCUUGAUUUCCUCUUCCUCCUCCAACACACGCGCCGCCGCCGCAACAUCAUCCUCCGAACUAGACGAAUCUCAAGCAAGGAAAACCUUCCACGGUCUCUGCUACGUCGUCAACGACAACAUCGACACCGAUCAAAUCAUCCCGGCAGAGUACGGUACACUAAACCCGGCGAUUCCGGAAGAUCGAGAGAAACUCGGUUCGUUCGCUUUAAUCGGUUUACCAAGUUUCUACAACGAUCGUUUCGUCGAUCCAUCACCAUCAGAGAUGAAAUCAAAGUACACAGUCAUAAUAGGCGGCGAUAACUUCGGAUGCGGAUCGUCACGUGAACACGCUCCGGUCUGCCUCGGUGCGGCCGGAGCAAAAGCCGUGGUUGCGGAAUCUUACGCGAGGAUCUUUUUCAGGAACUGUGUAGCUACCGGAGAGAUUUUUCCGUUGGAAUCUGAAGUUAGGAUUUGCGAGGAGUGUAAAACAGGGGAUGUGGUUACUAUAGAGCCUAAGGAAGAUGGUAGUAGUUUGCUUAUUAAUCAUACGACGAGGAAAGAAUACAAACUGAAACCGCUCGGUGACGCUGGUCCAGUCAUCGACGCCGGUGGAAUCUUUGCUUAUGCAAGAAAAGCCGGCAUGAUUUCUACUUCUUCUACUUUUUGA